CGCGUGGUCCACCACAAAGAAUGCCCUGUAAUCACACUCACACAGCAAAUAUAUAUCGUCAACAACACAGCCCUGCAAAUCGGAACAUGAUCAGAACUCCAUGAGUACUGAAAUUGAAUCAGUGAAGCAAGGGGCUACAGCACCCUGUGUUUUUCGCUCCCCAGAUUGAGGAGAAGGGGGGCAAAUCAAUGGGGAAUCCGAAGAACAAGGGGGAAAAGUGGGGAGGGAUCCACAGGCACAAUAUUUCUGAUGCCAAAUCCAAAAAGGCUACCGCCAUGAGAAGGCCCAGUACUCAUCCUGAGCUCCUGGAUCGUGCCAAACCUGCUAUGGAGCGGACGCCCUGGCUAAAUCUAGAAAUGCCUCCGCAUUUGACCAAAAUGCUUUCUGCGCCGGAAUCUUCUUCCAUUAAAACCAGUGCAAAAUUACUGGUUAAUGUGACUGUUGCGCAGAGCAUCGGGCCUCUGCGUUUAUUGAUCUCCACGGAAGCAACUGUACUUGAUGUGAUUAAAGCCGCUCUUGCCCUUUAUGCUAAAGAAGGCCGAAAACCUAUUCUCGGCAGCGAUCCCCUUUCUUUUGGAUUGCAUUAUUCUCAGUUCAGCAUCGAUUGUUUAAACCCUAAUGACAAGAUAAAGGAUUUAGGUUCUCGCAAUUUCUUCAUGUGUCCUAAUGCAAUUUCUUCUGAGAGUAAUGUGAUCUCCCAAGCGAGUAAUGUUACCUGCGGAUCAGAGAUGCAAAAGAUUUUCAGAGCGAGGGAUCCUUGGUGGAGGUUAAUGGACUGCUUUCUCUCGCUGCCAUGAUGUUACAGUGUACUAAUUAAAUUUCAUAUGGUCAGACCCUGUCAAUUUCGAUUUAGGGCAAAACAAAUUUGAUAAGUAUUUGCGACGACAAUAAUGCAAUCAAUUCAAUCCGUAAGGGUUCCAUUCUUUUGUAUAUACUCUCAAUCUUUAUGUAAACUGGAAUCAUUUUAUUAGCUCUAAUAUAUCAGCAAAUGCAAAAGAUUUUCUGUACU